AUGGCAGUUAACGUUCGUCUUUUCGUGAGGCAGACAUGGGCUCUGACCAAGAAGACGCUCAUCAUUGCCGCCGUGCGGAAUUGGUUUUCAACAGCUCUGCGUGCUCUCGUCCUGCCUAUUGCAUUUCUAGUGCUUCUUCUCAACAUCAAAAAUCUCAUCCUUGGCAACGGUGGAUACGGCGUUGGCAGCCCGUCGCCAGUGCAGAGCCUUGCGGAUGCUUUACCAGGCUCGAAAAAACUCGUCUUUGUACAGCCCCCAGGUUUAGGUCCAGAUGUUGCGAGAGUGGUCGACCAAAUUACCGGCACUUUGAAUGGAAAACAGCUUGUUUACCUUACAGAUCCGAACCUCCUCCUCACAACAUGCAAGCAGAGUUUGCACGGGGAUUCUGACUGUUUUGCCGCUGUGGUUUUUAACGACUCCCCCAUGUCCAUCGGAGGUAACUCCAAGAGAGUUUGGAGCUAUACUUUGCAUGCGGACAACGCAAAGAAUGGCUUCAACUUCCACGUCAACCAGCGCAGUAACGACCAAGACACCGUCUUUCUGCCUCUUCAGGUAGCUCUCGAAAAUGCGAUGACCAAUUCGACUGUCAUACCCAACACUUACAUGUUCACCACCAUAUCUCACGCACAAGAAGAGAUCAACAUCCGAAAUCAGUAUCAACGACUAGUCAUUUCGACCUACAGCAUCGCAUUCUUCAUCUCGAUGCUAUCUCCGAUUUACCACGUUGUGAGCAUGAUAACAACUGAACGAGAGUCAGGGAUGACCCAGUUGAUCGAUGCCAUGGGCGGAAGUCCCCCUGCUCGUAUUAUGAGCUAUGUUCUGGCUUUCGAUGUACUGUAUCUACCUUGCUGGAUAAUUUUUGGUAUCUUGUUUUGGGAUGAAUUAUUUCGGACCUCCAGCGUGGCCAUCUCGCUCUUCUGGCAGAUUCUGGUCGGUUGGGCAAUCACAAGUGCAGCCAUCUUCUCUGCGAUGUUCUUCAAUAAAGCGCAAAUGUCGGGGAUCUGGAGCGCGAUCGGAUUCCUCGUCAUAGCUCUUUGCGGACAACUCAUGGACUGGGGAAGUCCAAAGACUGCAGCUGUGGCAGCCUUGUCGUUUCUCUUCCCCAGCAUGAACUACGUUUUCUUCACUGGAUAUAUGUGCCGGUACGAAGAACAAGGUCUACCCACGGACAUGCUCCGAGCAGCCAAGACUACACACGAUGAAGCAAGCUCGUCUCGGGUACCUGGUAUCAUCCUCUGGUUCUUUCUGUUGCUACAGAUUGUCAUCUAUCCUCUCCUCGCUAUCUUUGCCGAGAGGUGGACUCAUGGUUCAAAGUCGAAGACCAGAACCCUGGGCACCGGCAGUGAUACUUCGGUCGGCUCCCCUGCAAUCGAAGCUUCUGGGCUCAGGAAGAUAUAUCCACCAACCUUCUGGAAGAAAUGGUUUACACGGCGCAAGAAGGAAGAUGUGGUAGCAGUUGAGAACUUGGAUCUCGUCGCCCGUAGGGGACAGAUUCUGUGUCUGUUGGGAGCGAAUGGAAGCGGCAAGACAACCACGCUGGAUAUGAUUGGCGGCCUUCAACGCUUGACAAGCGGGAAUAUUCACAUCAAUGCAACACCCUCACAGAUUGGUAUUUGCCCUCAAAGAAACAUGUUGUGGGAUGAACUCACUGUGAGGGAGAACGUCCAGAUUUGGAACAAAAUCAAGUCUUCGACGGAAGAUAGUAUCGCAAUGGAGAAUCUAAUUGAAGCCUGUGACCUUACCGCCAAGACAAAUGCGAGAGCAAAGACGUUAAGCGGGGGGCAGAAACGCAAGCUCCAACUUGCAUGUACGUUCAUUGGAGGAAGCUCCGUUUGUCUGCUGGAUGAAGUCACUUCCGGCUUGGAUCCACUGUCUCGGCGUAUCAUUUGGGACAUUCUUCUCGCAGAGCGAUCGAAAAGAACCUUGAUUCUCACAACGCAUUUCCUUGAUGAAGCAGAUGUCCUUGCUGACCAAGUCAUGAUUAUCUCGAAAGGUCAAUUGAAGUGUGAGGGGUCGACUGUUGAGUUGAAAGCCCGCCUUGGUGGGGGAUACAAAGUCCAUCUCGAAGGCCUCAACGAAGGGCCCGAGAUGGAUUUUCCAAGUCACGUUUUUCGAAACGAAACCGUCUACAGCACACCUGAUUCCGCAUCAGCUGCACGCCUCCUUUCAGAUCUUGAAAAGAAAGAAUGCGGAGAGGUCUUCGUAAAUGGACCAACCAUCGAAGAGGUUUUUCUCAAAGUUGCCGAAGAGCCGCAUGUUGCCGUGGAUGGAGAGCCCGCAGGCAAGGUGGGGACGAUGACAGAUGAACUUGAGCAAGCAAGGUCUAAGGUUGCUCCAGAAUGGGACAGCAUGUUAUCUUCCGGGAGCGAAAUCGGUUUCAUCCGGCAAGUGCGCGUCCUCUUCCACAAACGGUGCAUAAUCCUGCUCCGGAACUGGUGGCCGUACCUAAUUGCGCUUGCGAUGCCCCUCGCAGUGACUCCAAACCUGAAGUCGUUCCUACUCUUCUACAAAAUUCCAUCGUGUCUUGACCUGACAGCGGAUGUUCAUUUCGUGGAGCAAUUCAACUUCGCCUUGGGGAGCCGAGGAAAAUAUCCGUGGACGCAUAUGUUGGUUGGACCGCCCUCGAUUAAUACAUCUCUGUACAACACAGUGAGCAACUUUCCCGUCGGAGUGGGAAUCAACUUUCAGAAUUACACCAAUGAGUUUACGUUUGAAGAUACCCUUGCCGGUUUCCAAAACUACAUCAUGCAAAACCAGUCGACGGUUGCUCCAGGUGCUUUGUUUAUGGAGAGCAAUACCAGUGCACCUACUUAUGCCUAUGUUGGCGACUUUGGAAUCGAACCCGCGCUGUUCAUGCAAAAUCUCUGGACUCAAAUUCGAAGUGGUGUUCAGAUCGAAGGGUCUUUCUCUUUCUUCAACUCGCUCAUUUCCCCUACCGCCGGGAACAGUCUGCAAUUUCUAGCAUAUUUCUGCCUCGCACAAGCCGUCUACCCGGCUCUGUUCGCCCUCUACCCAACCUACGAGAAUAUCCGACAAGUGAAAGCAAUCCAAUACUCGAACGGAAUCCGCGCCCUUCCUCUCUGGACGGCAUACGCUUUCUUCGACUUAAUAUUUGUGCUCUUCAUUUCCGUGGUUUGCACGGCAGUGAUCGCUGUCCAAGCCCCGCAUUGGUUUGCAGUCAGCUACAUGUUCCCCGUUCUCGCUCUCUACGGACUUUCCUCAAUGCUAAUGGCAUACUGCUUCUCACUCAUUGCUCAUUCCCAGCUCGCGGCUUUCGCUUGGGCCGCUGGCGUGCAAUGUAUCAUGUUUAUCCUCAGCAUCAUGACCUUCGUCCUCAUCGAAGCCUUCACCGACACCCCGCACCUCCUGCUCGCACUCGAUGGCUCAACCUUCGGCCUCAGUCUCCUUUUCCCCAUAGGGAAUCUUGUGAGAGCCACCCUCGUUGGCCUAAACGUUUACAUCGUCGACUGCCGCAACGGCGAUUUUGUGCGCUCUCCAGCAUCGAUCCAUGCUUACGGCGGUCCGAUCUUCUACCUCUGUCUGCAGAUUUGCUUCCUGUUCUGGCUCCUUAAUUGGCUUGAAGACAGACACAAACAUCAGCACUCUUUUCAUCUCCCCCAUCGAUCCAAAAACACCCUGUUCGACGAGGAAGAGGAAAGCGGGAGAGUGGUGGAGAAAGAAGUCUUAGAUGAAGAGAAAAGGGUUGAGAACUCAGAAGAUUACCUAUUACGUGUCCUCGGCGUUGCAAAAAGCUUUGGCAAAACAAGAGCUGUCGAUAAUGUCUCGUUCGGAAUCAGCGGUGGCGAAAUCCUGGCGCUGCUUGGACCGAAUGGAGCGGGAAAAUCAACGAUCGUAAAUAUGAUUCGCGGAGAGCUAUCUCUGGAUAAUGGAAGAAUUUUGCUGCGAGGGAUAGAUAUGGAGAAGCAUGCGAGGUUGGGACGGAGGUUUAUUGGGUAUUGUCCCCAAUUCGACGCUCUUGACACAAUGACCGUCCGCGAACACCUCACCUUCUACGCCCGCGUGAAAGGAAUCCCUACUGUAUCUGCAGACGUCGCCCUGGUGAUGGAGAAGAUCGGUCUUGCAAACUAUGAGAAUCGUUUAGCGUCAAAGCUCUCUGGGGGAAAUCAAAGGAAACUUAGCUUGGCUAUUGCUCUUCUUGGCAACCCUCCUCUCCUCCUCCUCGACGAACCGAGCUCCUCAAUAGACGCCUCCUCCAAACGCUCUUUGUGGAAAAUCUUCCUGUCACUCAAUCCCCCUUUCCCUGCCUCCCCUUCUCCUGUGAGCCUGGGAGCGCCCCCUACACAAACUCAACCCCUUCCCUCCCGUCGUUCACUCCUUCUAACAACCCACUCAAUGGAAGAAGCCUCCCACCUCGCGUCCCGCGCUGCAAUCUUGAGCAAGGGGAUUUUGGCGUUGGGGAGUAUCAAGAACCUGAGGAUGAAGUGGGGUGAUGUGUAUCACGUCCAUCUUGUGCUGAAAACGGCGCCGGAAAGUGGAAGGGAGGAGAUUGAGGGUGUUGAGAGGUGGGUGAAAGAACGAUUUGAAGGGGCAAAAGUCGAUGGUUGGGGGAGUGUUGGGGGGCAGGUUAGGUUUAGUGUUCCUGCGAGCAGAGCGAGCGGAGCAGUUAAAGGGAAAGGGGAAAGAGAACGAGGUGAGGAUCUAGAUGAGAUGGAGAUUUCGAGGGUUGGAGGGGAGAGGGGGGAUGAAAUAGGGAAAGUGAAAGGAUGGAGGAAAGGAGGGGUGGCGGAGUUAUUUAGGAAAUUGGAGGUGAGUAAGGAGGAAUUGGGACUCGCGUUCUAUAGUGUGAGGGCUACGAGUAUGGAUGAGGUGUUCUUGAAUGUGGUGAGGGAAAACAAUGUCAGGGAGGAGGAAGGAAGAGGCAAGUGAUCGAAUUAUACUCCUCUAAAAAAAAUAUUCAAUAUUAAGUUGCAAGUUUCAAGUAGCG